AUGCUCUUUUCUGAUCCUCUGUGCUACCGAGUAAUCUCUGGAGCAUAUGUUGCCCUUGAGGCUCUUAUUUCGGCAUGCCAGGCCGGCGAGGAGCUGCCCGACGAGGUCCAGGACUACAUAAAACAUGUCGCAUUCUCAAAUACUUCUCCCAGUGGGGACAUGAUCUGCUUUCCUUGUCCACUGAGGGAGCAAGAAGCUGGUGCGGCACUCAAAGCGGUAGAAGGGUGCGCGACCGCAGCCCUGUGCGAUCUGCGAUAUGGGAAGCAAGGGAGGGACAUCAACGUAAAUUUAGAGAGGGUGACCUGCUUCUUGAUGUCGGCCUAUGUGACUACCUUGGACGGGCUGGGUAAGGGUCACCCCAAGAUCAAGUUUCGGCUUCCAGGACCAGAUACCGACUUGAAUGAGGCACAAUCUAUACUUUAUCGGCGGCUAGCCGCGAAUUUAUACGAGACUCGCAAUCCAGGCGAAUAUUACCACAUCCAUGGGUCGCUCGAGGCAAGCACGACGUUGCGCAUGUUGGGCCUGCCCCCCUUUCUGCCGGGUGCAACCGACUACCGCCAGUGUAUUGACGCAAUCGAAAGCGCAGUCAAGAAGUUCUCUGUUAGCGAGCUAGAACAAAGAAAUAGAAAGUGUCGCCAGGCUGGUGCCCCAGCGCUGACUAAAGACCAGUUCAGGCAGACGGCACAUGGACGCGCUCUCGCAAAACUUGCCCCUUUCACCGUUCGGCCCCUGGGCACGAUUACGCCGCCAGUCGCAUUCCCGGCAGCGAAUGCGCCCCAGACAGCAGCGCGACAAUGUCUGGCUGGGAUACGAGUGCUGGAGCUGUGUCGCGUCAUAGCCGGCCCUACGAUUGGCCGGUCGCUGGCCGCGCAUGGCGCGCAGGUGAUCAAGGUGACCUCGCCAAAGCUCCCUGACGUGCCGUUCUUUCAGCUCGACGUCAACACGGGCAAACACACGACAUCGCUGCAUCUGAAAGACCCCGCCGACCGGGCCAUCUUCGAAGAUCUCUUGGCGUCAGCAGACGUCUUCAUCGAUGGGUACAGGCCAGGCGUCCUGGCCUCGCUCGGCUACUCGCCCGAAUCCCUCGCGGCCAGGGCGGCCCAGUACUCGGGGCGCGGCAUCGUCUACGUAACCGAGGACUGCUUCGGCGGGACGGGCGUCGCGGGCGCCGAAUGGGCCGAUCGUCCCGGCUGGCAGCAGAUCGCUGACUGUGUGACGGGCGUCGCCUGGGAACAGGGCUGGUCCAUGGGGCUCGACGAACCCGUUGUCCCACCGUUCCCUAUCUCUGACUACGGCACAGGCAUCCUCGGCACAGUAGCAGCUCUCACAGGACUGUAUCGGCGAGCCACCCACGGCGGGUCAUGGAUCUGUCGCACCAGUCUAAUUCAGUACAACACAUUCCUCUUAUCACUGGGCGCAUAUCCGCCAGUUGUCCAGGAGCAGCUCUGGAAACGCCACGACCGUGACUUGUUGGCUCUGCGACACAGCGACUCGGUCGACGAGGUAGGCGCCCGUGCCCUGAGGAGCAUCAGGAGGCUGCACCCAGACCUGUUUGAGGAGGGCAUGAUGCAGGAGGCGUACAGCGAGGGCUUUGGAGGAGUGGUCAGGUGGCCCAAGGAGCCACUUGAGGUCACGGGGAUAAAGGUAGGACAUGUUCGACCUACACGACCGAAUGGGUUCGACCCUCCUUCGUGGGACGGCUGGGACAAAGACAAGGCAUUAUUGGAUGCAUGA